GUUUAUCCUUUGGACAGCAACUCACGGCGCUAUUAGCUAUACAGGGCUCACUCAUCAAUUCUUUGAGGAGCUUACAAUACAUAAUCGGGACGAAAUACAUCCUACCCGAAUUCGUCAAAGGAUUGUACGAUUAUUGAAUACACUACUCUUCCAAGAACCAUUCUUUAUUGAAGAUCAAACCC